AAACUCCUCUUCUUUCCUUUGAUUCUUUCCAUUCUUAGCUCUCCAAAAAUUACUCAAUUCUGAAUCUCCUUCAACAUUCAAAUCCCAUCUUUUCCCUGUUAUCUCACACACAGACACACACUAACUCAUAAAGAAAUCUGUCAUCAGAAUCUUGAAACCCACAAGAAUCCCAAUAAAAGGGUAAAUAUUCCCAUCUUUCCUCCUGAUUUCUUGUGCUAAAUGCGAUGGCACCUACACCAUCAUCAAAGCCCCAUUCAAUGAUGCAGACCCCUUCAUCAAAAUCAAAUCCAGCCCAUAAUCAAACCAGAACCCCACAAUCAAAGCAGCGUCUAAAUUUCAACGUUUCUAAGCCAUCUCCGAACCCCAAUUCAUCAGCAAUGGCAAAAGAGAGCAACAACCCACCAGCAGAGCAUCCAGUGGAAGUAAUAGGCCGAAUUCGUGACUACCCAGAUCAGAAAAAGAAUCCCGCUUCAUCCUCAGCCUUGCAGAUCAAUCCUGACAAACAAUCUUUAAGGGUCAAGACUGAAAUUGGGUACAGGGAUUUUAGUUUAGAUGGGGUUUCACUGUCUGAAGAAGAGGAUCUUGAUGCAUUUUACAAGAAAUUCGUUGAGUCACGGAUUAAUGGGGUGAAAUUAGGAGAUAAAUGCACUAUUAUGAUGUACGGGCCAACUGGUGCUGGUAAAAGUCACACCAUGUUUGGGUGUGGAAAGCAGCCAGGGAUUGUGUACAAAUCAUUGAAAGAUAUAUUAUGGGAAGGUGAAGAAGUGGGUGAAGAAAAUGGUGAGAAGUUGGGGCCUGCUACUUUUGUUCAAGUGACUGUAUUGGAGAUAUACAAUGAGGAGAUUUAUGAUUUGCUGUCUACUAAUAAUGGUGGAGGAUUCAAUCUUGGUUGGGCUAAAGGAGGAAGUGCUUCGAAGGUGAGGCUGGAAGUAAUGGGAAAGAAGGCUAAAAAUGCAAGCUUUAUUGCUGGUCAUGAAGCUACAAAGAUAUCAAGGGAGAUACAAAAGGUGGAAAAGCGUAGGAUUGUCAAAAGCACACUCUGUAAUGAGAGAAGUUCUCGGAGCCACUGCAUGAUAAUUCUUGAUGUCCCUACAGUUGGAGGACGGCUAAUGCUUGUAGACAUGGCAGGUUCUGAAAAUAUUGAACAAGCUGGUCAAAAUGGAUUGGAAGCUAAAUUGCAGACAGCAAAAAUUAACCAAGGGAACACAGCACUGAAGCGUGUGGUUGAGUCCAUUGCAAAUGGUGAUUCCCAUGUACCUUUCAGAGACAGCAAGUUAACAAUGCUUCUUCAGGAUUCUUUUGAGGAUGACAAGUCCAAAAUUCUGAUGAUACUCUGUGCCAGCCCUGAUCCUAAGGAGCUGCACAAAACCAUAUCCACUCUAGAAUAUGGUGCUAAAGCUAAGUGCAUAGUUCGUGGUCCUCAUACUCCAAUUAAGGAAAAAGGUGCGGAAGAUUCUUCAUCAGCCGUCAUUUUGGGGUCAAGGAUUGCAGCUAUGGACCAGUUUAUUUACAAGCUACAGAUGGAGAACAAGCUGAGAGAAAAAGAGCGUAAUGAUGCCCAAAAAGAACUUAUGAAGAAGGAAGAAGAAAUUGCUGCCCUCAGGGCUAAAGUUGCCCUUGCAGAAGGAAAAGGACAUGAUACAAUGGAGGAGGAGAUCAAUCUAAAGGCAAAUCAGCAGGUUCAGAAACUGAAAAGUGAAUUGGAGAAGAGGAUACAGGAAUGUGAGAAAAUGGCAGAUGAGUUAAUUGAAAUGGAAAGGAGGAAGAUGGAAAAUGUGGUACUUCAAUUUCAACAAGAGUCUGAAAUGCUUCGACAGCGUUUGAGAGAACUUGAAUCUGAGCUGUACAAAUCACGGGUUGGAGGUGGAUCCCUGGACAUGGAUGGAAACAACUUUGUUAGGAAGCUGUUGGAUACCUAUUCUGAAGAUUCAGGGAUGGUGAAAUCAAUGGAUUUGGACAAAUCAUAUGACUUGGAUGCUGGAAAGCAAGAAGUGCUGGUUUUUAAAGCAGGAAACGGUGAAACCAAAAGUUAUUUGGAUUUUGACAGUAGAAAGAACUCAAGAGAUGACAAAGAUUAUGAUGAUCUUCUCGUUCGGAGCUUUUCCAGCAAGGGAUGUUUGAGCACUGUAUUUGAGGAGGAUGAAGAAGAAGGUAGUGGGGAUGACAAAGAGAAGUUCUCAGAUGAAGAAGUUCAGAAAGAGGUAAUAGAGGAAAAGAAGGUCUGUUCGAGCACACUGGCAACCAAGGCUCCAUCUAUUCCUGAAGUUUCAUCUCAGAAUCAAGACAAAGUAGAGAACUUCAGAGAGACAUUAGUGGAUAAACUUUUGCAAGCAGAAUCACCCAGUGAACCUGAAAGUGCUCAAGAUACAGCCUCUUCCAGGCUAAUGAGGAUACAAAACAUAUUCACCCUUUGUGGGAAUCACAGAGAGCUCUCUCACCACAUCAGAACUCCUAUGCCUGCCCUAAAGAGGUCCGAGAAUAUUGACCCCAUGGCAUCACCAGUGAGGACAACUGAAGAGGGCUCGGAUGCAAAGUCAAUUAGUGAUGUUAAACUGCUUCAGAAAAGCCUCUCCAAGGAUCUUUUGGUGUCAGACAUCCCUGAAAAUUUUCAGACACCGAUGGGAAACAAGAAGAUGGCACCUAGUUCUUUUGAGAGUACCUUAGCCUCAAAGGAGAACUGCAAUCCUAUUGAUGAAAAAAUUGGAGACCUUGAUGUUUAUGUGAAAUGGGAGGCAUCAAUGGAGAACCCUGGGAAGUUCAUCACUACACUAAAGGUUGUCAAAGAUUCAACUCUUGCUGAUCUGCGGAAGUUGAUAGAAAUUCAUCUUGGCGGAGAUAAUCAAGCAUUUACUUUCCUUGUGCUCGGGGAUCCUUCUGGUGCUCCAGUGCCAAGAGAAAAAGAGGCGACAAUGCAGGCAUCGAAGCUACCAAUUUGCAACAACCAGCUUCCAGGCCGCCUAGCUUGUUUGCGCCCAUUAAAAGGAACCCGGAACGCCCCUCACCAUCUUCCUUUGAGUCCACUGGAAAACAAACUGCCAUUGACUCCAAUUUCAAAUGUUACAAAGCACUGUGAUUAUCUCUCUCCAGAAUUACCUACACACCUGGAUUCAACCCCUUUUGUGACUCUGCGUAGAUAUUAGGUUCGAUGAUUAGUAGUUUGAUUAUGCAGGUUGUGAUUGUGUAUCAGUGGUAUGAAGUGUGUAUUCUUCUGAUCACGAAACAGCCUCUUUGAGUACAUAUGCAUAUGUACUCUUGGUAUCUGUAAGCUUUUUUGUGGUUUGAAUU